AUGACCAAGCGUACUAAAAAGGUCGGUGUCACUGGCAAGUACGGUGUUCGCUACGGUGCAUCUUUGCGUCGUGAUGUCCGUAAGAUUGAAGUUCAACAACACGCUCGUUACCAAUGCGCUUUCUGCGGACGUAACACUGUAAGACGCAGUGCUGCUGGUAUUUGGAACUGCAAAGGCAAGGCUUGUGGAAAGGCCAUGGCCGGUGGUGCUUGGACCGUUACUACUCCUGCUGCUACUAGCGCCCGCUCUACCAUUCGCAGAUUACGUGAAAUGGUCGAAGUUUAA